AUGGUUGAAUCGCAGGGCUCGACGGUUAAUUCCGUUGCUAUUGUUUUCGCGGUCAUUAGUUUUCUCGCUGUUGCUCUUCGGCUGUGGGGGAGGACCUGCAUUGUUAGGUCUCUUGGUGCUGAUGAUUACUUGAUUUGUGUGGGGGCUUUGCUAUCUUGGUCAUUCAUUGCCUGCACAAUAGCCUCCGUCAACCAUGGCCUCGGUAGCCACUACACCGACGUAAUUAAGCGCGGCACCGACAACUUCAUCGCCUACAUGCAAAUCGUCUGGCUCUCCUCCAUCUUCUACAACGCCUGUCUCGGCUUCAUCAAGAUCUCGGUCCUCGCACUCUAUACCCGCCUCGGCGACAAGACGCUCCGUAAAGUCGCCUUCUUCAUGAUGGGAGUUGUGGGUUGCCAAGCUGGAGCCAAUGUCCUGGCAUGCAUCUUCCAGUGCUCUCCUGUCAAGUCGGCGUACGACAUUACAAUCUUGCCGGCGGAUAAGAAGUGUGUGGACAUUAAUGCUUUCUACCUGGCGAAUGCGGCUGUCAAUAUCUUUACAGAUAUUCUUACCUAUACUCUGCCGUUUCCGCUGGUGUCGAAGCUGCGUGUGCCGCGACGACAGAAGAUUAGUUUGGCCGUGAUAUUGGGUCUGGGACUCUUCGCAUGCGUAUCGUCCAUCAUCCGAAUCACCUACAUCCCGCCCAUGCUGACCUCCGACGACCCAACAUGGGUGAUCUCCAACGCCAUGUACUGGUCUGUCAUCGAAACCAACAUCGGCAUCCUCGCCGCCUCGAUCCCGUCGUACAAAGCCAUCGCGAAGCAAUUCGCUCCCCGUCUCCUUGGCAGCUCUGGCAUGUCGUCCAAUCGCAAGCUGUCGGGCUUCAAGCAGAUGCCUUUGGAGCUGCAGAACAACAGUCUCGCGGGUACUGGUGCGCCCAAGAGUACUUUUGAAACAAACAUCAAAAACGGGUUAAGUGAUAAUAGCAGUGAGGAGGUGCUUGUAAUGCCCAAUGGUCGCAUUGGUGUCAAGACGGAUAUUGUGUUCCAGUAUGAGAAUAAUGACUUGGAGAAUGGAGCUAGACACAAGAGGUAG